AUGGCCGUGGUACGAUCGCAUUGCGAGGCAGUGUUCCCUCAAGCAAAUAGCUGUGAGGUACGAUCACCUGGCGAGACAGUGUUCUCUCGAGCAAAUAGCCGCGGGUACGAUCACCUGGCGAGGCAGUGUUCUUUCGAGCAAAUGGCUGUGGCAAAACCUUCAACAUUUAUGACGAAGGCUUCAAACGUCGCGUGUAUUGAAAAAUCUAUGAUACAGUUUGAAAAGGUCCAUACUAAUGACGGUGACAAUUUCAAACCCGUUCCAGGUAUUUAUAUGGCUCCAGUCGACGGCAUUUACGUCUUCAACCUUGCUGCAAUUUUGUCCGACGGUGUUGAACUUGGAAUUUCACACAAUGGCGAUGUAGUCGGACAGGCAGAUAGUGAUAUGAAGUCGACGACGGUUGUUAUAGAGCUGAAAACUGAAGAUACAAUUUAUGUUAAAGUUAAUUUGACUCCAGAAAUGCAUUACUAUCAAACUGCACAUUCA